UUAAUGUUUUUUUUUAUAACUAUCAAUUGUAUUAAUGUUAAAACUAUUAUGGUUAUUUUCAUAGUCUCAUUUAUGAAAUGUAUCAUAAAAUUGUAACUAAUGACUUCAAAUGGCCCGGGCCCCCUUUAAAAUAAUUAAUUAUUGAUUCCAAUAAUGGUAAAUUUGUAAUUUCAAGCAACAUCAAAAUAAUAUAAUGCAGAUUUUAUUAACAAUAAAAAGGGUAAAUUUUAAGCAAACAUAUUUUUUUUUUUACUUCAAAUACGAUCCUCCUUCCUAGUUCCCUUUGUGAGAACUAACUAAUAUUUUUGGUUGCUCCCUUGUGUCCUCUGAGUAUACAGUUGUUACUGUUUCGCCCACUUGAUGCAGCUUCCAGUAUUUUCAAAACCAUAGAUAAAGUUUCUUUAACUACACAAGGGGCACACUUACUAGUAUAACGGACUGUCCCGUCUUUUCUGCCUACCAUCCUGGGUAGCAGCAUAUUGCUGGUUUGGUGCAGACCAGUUAGCUUGGCCAUGGGCUGCACUCGCCACAGCUGCUUGGAAUUCCGCUGCAAUAGGGUUGAUGGGCGUGUUCCUUUGAAAAUAUCCCAUAGGCUUGUUGAUUCGAAAUGGGAGGAUAUAUGAAUGAUGAUUGCAUGCUGCCAGAAGUACCGGUACUGCAACUGGUUCCACGGUUAUCUUCUGGUUCAGCUGGGGACCUGGGGUGUGGUUGACGGUAGUCUUGCUUACCACUGGUAGCAGGUGAGUAGACUCUCUUCUGACUUGGAGGUCGGUAGUCUGCUUCUCCGUGUGACUCUGCAUACCUGUGCUUGUAGGCUGACUUCCUGGGAGGCCGUUCCGAACCCUCCUUCUGGUGAUUCUUGGGGUUGCGACCACCACGUGCUCUUAUAAUAGGGUUUACCCCUAUACUGUUUAUGGUCAUUCUUCCCACAGUAUUUUUGGUUACGAAUGUUUUCACCUGGUUCUGACUCAGCGUAUUUGCGGUGCUUCUCGUACGUCAGGGUAUGUACAUUAGCUUGCCGGUACUGCCAGUAAUUAUUUACUGGACCUAAAAUUAUUUACUAGACCUGACUUGUGGUAGGGCUGCUGUUGCUGGGGCUUGUCAGACUCAUCUCUACUCGUCUGACCAUUUUGAAGUUUUUGCAGCUUGUCCACUGUCAGUACGUGGUCUCUAAACUCAGUCACAUCACGAGAAGUGUGGCCGGACAUCUGGAUCUGGUACGCUACGGGUAGUUGUGUGAGCAUGGUAGCUAUAAAUUCUUCAUCUGACAUGGUUAUGUCCAGAUACCUCGUGUGCUCAUACAUGGUGGAGAUAUGCACUUCGAGAGAUCCACCUUUCCUACUAUCAAAGCGAUCAGCAUGAAGCUGAGCCUUCAGAUUUACCUGUAUCUUUAAGUUCCAAUAUUGGUUCUUAAACUUUUCCUUAAACUGAUCAAAAGAACUUGUCUGGGUGCUAUGCAGUUCCCACCAAUAGAAAGCCGUACUUUUUAAUGCGAAAUUCAAGCAUUUAAGUUUUUCACUAUCCGUCAAGGCAAAUGUACGGGAAUAUUCUUCAAAUUUGUUGAGGAAUCUGAUAGGAUUCUCCUGUGAUUUCCCGGAGAAUGUUGGGAUGGACUCUGACCAAUGCUUGGCCGGAUGGUGGAGCAACGUAUCUUGGUUGGCUUCAUGGGGAGGUACUGAUUCAAAGAAGAUCUCCCCUUGAACUUAGUUUUAGAUUCAUCUAUGCUUUGGUAUGGGCUCUCUUCCCUCGCUUUCAGGUGUAGCCUCUCGUGUUAAACACUCGAGGGGAACAAGGAGUAGGAAUGGAACAGAGUGCGGUGAGGUGUCAUCUAAUAGAAUUACAACUCUAUGGUAACAACACAUUUAUUAUCGCUUAUACAUUAAAUUAUUCAUUAAAACUUCAUUAAUGACAAAAAUGUAAUCAGCUGAUAUUUGGGGUGUGGCUCUGAUCCAAAAGUCUGCGAACAGAAACUUUUAGGAAUUAUUGCAACGUGAGACACGUGAAUGCAGCUUAACAAAUUCACUUCACAAUUACCCGUGCUCUCAUACUUGGCACCGCGCUUGGCGCUGGGUACACCGUCAAAACAAAAGCUAAGUUACAAGCAAUUAACGUACAUAAAUUUCUAGAGUGCAAAUGAAAGUAUAUAACAAGACCCCUCGACUUAUUGAAUAUUAUGCGACACACCUCGAAUAUUAUGCGACACACCUCUGUCAAUGCGCAAGUUAGCAAACAUCAGCAUAAUCAUUAAUAUCAUUUAACUAAAAUGCUAUUUAUACACAACAUGACUAAAAAAAAGGACCACUAUACAUGUUUUCAUGAGGGUACGCAGACCUCUAAUUAUUAAUAUAACUAGUCGUCAACUUAGAUUACUCUUGUCGACACGUAUCUCUGCGGGCAAGUUCUUAUUCGUCGAUGCAGGGGUUACCAUUGACUAUCUCCCCAAACUAUCGUAGCGGGAGAAAUGCUCGUCGGUGUGGGGACUGGUAUUAUUCUUGACGUGUCGCUGCCGGGAUUCGCACAUAAGUGUUGUGUGUCCAGUCAGAUGUAAAGUCUUUCAGCGGGACUCACAAGCUCACACCGCCGUCUCCAAGCCUUGCCUCCGUCACCACUGCCCCUCUUCUCACUCUUUUCUACCCACUCGGUCUAUAGGUGUCUACGACGAAACAGUACUUUACCAAGUGGUAGCUUCUUCCGACGGGCAGUGUGACGGCAGACCGGCGAGACGUGUUGACAGUGUAGCUUCCUUCGGCAGGGAAGGCCAGCAGGGCCUCCGGCUGGUGUCGCUGGUGGUCGCGGCGAGUCUCCUCUCUCAGCGGAAAAUGGGACCCCUUUUAUACUCUGCGAACUGCUAGUAUCGAACAUGGCAGAUUGUUCUCGGUCGGGGCAACCGGAACAGGCGCCUUCGGCGAUGUCCGGUUGGCAGCCCGCCAAAACGAGCCUCCCCGAGGGCUGCCGAGCGGCUCCGAACGUCAUGCGCGCAGCGCGCGAACACUUGGCUUGUGCUGGUUGCAUCGGCGCGCGGUUAGGCGCAGCGCGACACAUCUUGAUGUGCGUAUGCGGAGCACACGCAACACAGGAAAGUAAACUUCAGGCAUGAAACCAAUUCAUCUGCAUAAUAUGUUUUAGAAGCACCGGUAGGUAGUUCAGGUUCAUUGAAAUAUAGUUUGGAGAUUAGAACUUGGAAACAAUUUCGUGACAUUGUAGUUUUGAUUGUCUCGUUUCCCAUCGAUGUGUGAUGAGACCAGUAGUCUGAUAAGCUGGGAAGCUUAUUGUAACACAUAACCAGUACAAUGCCCACAAGCAUCAUGAUUUCAUGUGGGUCUGUAUCAAAAUUGUUGGCAGAUUUCGUUUUUUCAGCAUUUUUCUGCCCCACGUUUUUCUUACGUAGUAAAUCUAACCUUUGGUUCGUACACUGACUAAUGUAAAUAAAUAAGCUUUGAGCGAAAACCUGCAAACUCAGUUGAUGAUCAGUCAAGUCUCGCAACGAUAACUGUGACACGAUUUUUGGUUGCACAGAGUCUGGGAGUAAAUGAACUUUUCGGCACCGACCACACAAUAUUCAAAUUUGAAAAUGAAGUUUGUAAAUUAACUUGUUUGGAGCACGAUUGUUCAGUAGUUUGAAUGGCCUCAUCCUCUGAAGUGUCUUCACUAAUGCUGUCUGCGCCAUCAUUGUUAUCAGACGGGUGGUAUGAGUCGUCAGAUAAAUUAGAAACCGAAUCCCAAUGCUGCAACACAUGUUGCAACUCUUCAUCGGUGUAAAAUGUUUUUCUUUUUUUGUUUGACUUUUCAAUCUUAUGAAAAGGAAAAGAAAAAUUAUGUAACCAAUUGUAAUGGGAUAAAUAUGUCACAUUUCUAAACACCAGUGGGACAAAUGUGUCCCACUUCUAAAAACCAAUGGGACACAUGUGUCCCAAACACAAAAUAAGAAUAAAUAAUACUUACCACAAAAAUAAAAAAAAACAUAAAAUUGUGUUUAGAUGUUCCAGGAGAUGAAUAAACACGAAAUUGUGCCAUAAAAACCAAACAACAACAAAACAAAUUGAUGACUAAUGAAAAUGUAACCAUAGAACAAUAUCAUAGGUGUGAAACAAAGGAAAUUUUUUUUUUUCUGUCAGAUAUGGUGACAUCUUUUGAAUACUUUGUGAACUAAAAUUCCCAGGGAGGUUGUAUCCCAGUGGGACAAGCAACAGGAAGCUUUUAAGAAGCCACAAUACCCACUGGUAUGUAGGUGACAGUUGUUGGGAUGUAAAUGUCCCAUUGGUAGUCAAAGGGUUAAGCUGGUCAAGUGACCUUUAUAAACGUCAUAAUAAAAAUUGUAUUGUAUUUUUUGUAACCUUUACGUUAGUGCUGGUGCACACUAUAUGGAAAUGUGUAAAAUGGUUAUUCAUAUAAUUUUUGUAAUCCUUUACAGCAUGUAACAUAUGCUCACGUAACUCUAUUCUAGUCAUGUUUACGUAUUGUAUUAAAACGCAUGCGUUGUUUUUUUAAAAAAAAUUAAUUUAAACAUGUUACCUUUGAACUAUUUUGUUACAAUAAAAAUAUUGUUGAUCAAAAGGUUUACACUCUUUAUCCUACUGUUGAUACUACUCUCACAGAAAAGUGUUCAAUUUAUUUUAACCUCGCUUUUGAUUGAUAUACUUCUUCUCUUGUCAGCGGGUUGAAGUCUCCACUGACUGAGAAAGCUCUAAGAAGUUCACAGUACACUUCAAAAUUAAGAAACAUGAAUAUUCGGGAUGUUAAAGUAUACAAGUCUGCCAGUUUUGCAACAUUCACUAAGAAUAUUUUAAGUUAUCGUGCUGCACUCGUAAAAUGUCAAUCGUAUAUAUGUGUGUGUAUAUAUAUAAGUACCGAGAUUUUAAUGUGGUUAAAUCACAUUUAUUCGUACGCAUUUGCUAACCUUUAACACUUAAUUUCACACCAAUUUGGCAUUCUUUGAAUCUUCGAUUUUUUGUAUUACAAAUACGUUUAUACACGUACGUGAUUUCAAAGUUUCACAAGCCAUCGUACUAUUCAAAUAGCAUGGUACUUCGUCAAAUUGCAUCAACUUCAGACUUUACUGUUAAAAAAAAAGUAAAAUUGCACUUACAAGUGCUUCAUAAUUGUACAUGUUUGUACUUGUAAUUACGGAAAUCACAUACAGUACGUGUAUUCAGCUCAAAUGUUCCUGCGAAUCCUAAAAUGCGGAAAUACCGAGAUUAAAAUACAGAAAUGAACAUAGUUAUGCACUAAAAGUUGAUGUUACAUAACACUUUAUAUUAUAAAUGCAAAAAACACGAACAUCAAGCAAUAUUAUUCGUUAUAAGGAUUUUUAACGCAUUGCUAGGCGUAUGCUAAAUUCACAUUUGCGAUAAAACAAUUUUUUACGUGCAUUUUUACAUUUUAAAGUGAAUAAUCACAAAUUUGCAAUAGAAUCAAUUUUACGUGAAUUUUAACAUUUAAAAAAAAUUAACCCGACAUCCACAUCAUAGGAGACUAUUUUUACGCGAAUCUUAACGUUUGAAAACAAAUAAACCCGAUAACCAUAACUAUUUGAUUAAACUAUGCUAAAAAUACGUACUACUGAAGUCCGUAACGUAGGCCUAACCUGGUGCAGAAUUAGUAAACAAAACACGCGCUGCUUCCUCUCACACGCGAACAUGUGACGAUGUUUUUAGUAUUUAUGUUAAGAAAAACGGUGUAAACACGUAUAGAGGCGAAAUUGAAUGUUUUGAAUAACUUGAACGAUGUAAGCAAAGACGUAAGUAUAGUUUGAUACACUUGUACACAAAACAUCAAACAAAUACGCAGUAGCUACACAACACGUCGUUACUCGCUGAUCUCACACAAUGAUGCAAUCAGCAGCAGCAGUGCAGCUGGCAGCCGGUAGGCUGCGCGCGCAUUCACGCUCACGCACACUCACACAAAGUCACAACAAAACAAAGCGGUUUAUGGCCGUGCCCGCGCGUGGUUGAAUACGACAAACUUGUAAACGGUAUGAAUUGAACUUGCGUGGCGUGGUACUUAUGCUAUAAUACUUACGUGGCGUAGGCCCACAUACUUAUCCGAAGUAAUAAAUAUUGUUGACAAAAAUGCUGAAACCUUUAGUGACUGUCAAACAACGGGCCGGAGAGAUUUUACAACAUGGUUUGUAUGCGAUGAAAAAACUAUUUUCUGUCGUUUUUCUAAUGUGUCUGAGACAUGGGACCGCAAUGACUCGUGUGCGAAGCAUAUUGGCAGUGAAAAACAUAAGAAACGGGCAACAGAAAGUGUUGCUGAGCAAAGUGUAAAACGGCAGUGUUCGCUUUCGGCAUCUUUCAGUAACACCGCAAAGAAGACAGAAUUCAAGACUAACUUCAUCAAGGACACCACAGAGGCUUUCAUUAAAGCAAAUAUACCUUUACAAAAACUUGAUAAUCCCAACAUUAAGAAAUGGCUUGAUAAGUACAUAGAAGGAGCUGGUGAUUUGCCGAAUGCACGUACUUUCAGAGAAAAAAUGCAUGGAAGAUUUGGCACACCAGCGAGUAGAAGACUGAAAGAGAAACGAGUGGAUGUGUUUUGUGAUGAAACGACAGAUCGUAUGGGAAGAUGUGUGUUUGUUGUUUUAUUUCGUUUUUUUGUUGAUGAUUUUGAUAAGCCACAAAUUGUGGGUGGUUUACAUUUUUUAGCUGCAGCUAAUGCAACUACAUGCACAAGAGCAAUUGUUGAUUCCUUGCAUAAGUACAUCAAAUAUGACAAUGUGAGAUCCUUAGGCCUGUAUUAUACUAUCAUAUUCAUAUGACAUAGAUCUAUUAUCAAAUUUAUUUGAUGAAAAAUAUGACUGUGUAAUGUACAAUCUUUGAUAACAGUUGAAAUAUGAUUAUAUGUCUAUGAUAAUAUGUUCUAGGAGCGAGAACCUUUCAUAAUAUUUUAAGGUAAACAUGGCAGGUGAAAAGUUCCAUUGGACCAUAGCGGCGACCAAAAUGCUAAUUGCACAAUAUGAAUCGCACGAAAUGUUGUACAAUGCAAAACAUAACGACUAUAAAAAUAGAAGCAUGCGUGUAGCUAUAUGUAAGUCUAUCGCCGAGGACAUAAAUCAAGGUUGUACAGUGGAAGACGUGAGGAAAAAAAUUAAUGGUUUGAGAUGUCAGUAUGCAGCUGAAAAGGCAAAGGUAAGAAUAAUAGUUUUUAUCAUUUGUAAAUGAUUUUCUUUAACUUGCUAAUAUUGGGGAAAACCUUGCAACGCAAAAUAAACUAACCUCUUUCGAGACAAAAACUUGAAAUUUGAAAUGUAUUUGUAUUCUCGAUGACAAUGCUUGUUAGUUUUGGUUUCAAACAAUUUCCGGUAAAAGUUAUGUAUCACGUAUCCAAGUAGACAUAUCUCUUGAUAUUGUUUACAUAUUUUCAAUGUACCUAUACUGACAUAAUAAACAAUCCAAAAUCAUUUUAAAGUAUUUUUACUGUAACUAUAUUAACCUAACAAACCGUUCCUAAUGGUUUUUUAACACGUUUUUUGGUAUGUACAAGAUCUAUUUAUGGGCUAUAUCAAACCAGCAAGCAUAAUGUACCGCAGGAUAAAAAUGUACAGGAAUAUACCAUCAGGAUCGAGGGAUAUAUUUGGGUACACGAUAAGGAACUUUUACCCGAUUUCCCUGGUUCAUUAAUUUUUAAAAUAAAUAAAUUGGGUUUUAUAUAAUUAGGCUAGAAUCGCAUUGAAUAUUUAUUAAAAUAAGUCACAUUUUGAUAUAUUGUAGACAAUAACUUCAUACAUAAUUAGAGUAUUUGAAAUUGUUCCCCUCACCCAUUUCCAAUAAAUAAUUUAAUAGCACAGAUAAGCAUUACCUUUUUUAAAAUUGUUUUAUGAUGUAGGCCUACAUUUGUAAAUGUUCAUGGAGUUAAAAAUAUUGACUCCUUUAUUAAAACCUUGCAUGUUAUGUAAACGUAAACAUGAAGCAGUACCUACAUAUCAUAUCCUUGAAUAACAAGUGACGAAGAGACUAGUAUUGAGCUAAACAAAUAACAUUUUUUUUUAACACUUAUGUUCUGUUCUAUUACAGAUACUUAAAAGCAUGAAAAGCGGAGCAGAUGCAGACAGUGUUUACAAACCGAUGGCUUAUUGGUUUCCAAUGUUAAAUUUUCUGGAUGCGUCACUAACACCAGAUGAAUCACUAUGUACUGUGGAAAUUUCACAAAAUCCGUCCAUUGAAGAACAAAAUAAUCUUCAAGAAACCCCAUUGCAUGAUGAACUUCAAUUACCUCGAGAACAAUCGCCAUCUCAAGAAAAUGAGAAAAACAACACAAACAUGCAUUACAAAAUAACAGAAUCACAGUGAACACCAUCGACAUCACACAUGAAACAUGCCGCCAAAAAAUAAAAAAGGAAAUUAGACUCUGAUUCUUAUGAUUCACUUUUAUCCCAAGCAUCUCAUACAAUGAAAGAAAUGGCAAAGCUUGCAGUUAAAAAACCGGAGGGCUCGAUAAAUGUUGAUGAAUGUGAGGCAUUUGGCAAUUUUGUAAUAUCUGAACUUCGGGCAAUUAAAGAAGCUAGUAAUGAUUACACAUUCAGGAUGGCAAAACCAAAGAUUCAACAUGCAGUGAUGGAAAUAUGGGACGCAAUCGAUGAUCAAUCACUAACAACCAUAAUGGUUCCUAGUGAUUCAAUGUCCUCCACAAGUCAGUGGACAGUAGUAUCAGACCAGAGUGAAGUAAUGGUUGGUUCCCCGGAGAAUGCUGACAACUCUUCCUGAAUGUCAUCAUCAGAUGUUCAUACAGCAUUCCAACAAGCAAAUGCUCUCAGUACAAAUUCUUACCUUAAAAAACUCGUCCUUCAUUGAUUCAUAAAUAGCCUUACAUGUUUCUGGAAUAAUAAUGGAAAGUGUGCAUUGAGGUAUUCGACUACUGUACUUUAAGCUAGAAUAUGAUUCACCGGUUGCUAAAAAUCUAAGAGUUAACAUAAGCCGGUCUUGCACACUAAUACUACUUCUCAUGUGGGUAUCUUCCUUCGAAAUUAACUUAGACACUUUGGAUACUACAAAAUUAAAAGUAUUUUCAUCCAUUCUUAAAUAAUUUUCAUAGUGCUUGGGAUCUUCAUAUUGAAGUUCUUUCAGUAAAUUAUUAUGAAUGCCAAACAUCUUCCGUCUUCCAAUCCAUGGCCUAACCCACACUCGCUUCUUUUUUUUUGUUCUUCAGUUGUUUGAGCAAUAAAGCAAUUGUAAUUAUAGCACUGACACAAGCACCAGCAGCAACAAGUUGUGAAUCCAUUUUGUUACAGUACAUACAUGAUCAAAUAUAUUACCUAGUGUAAUAGCACAAAAAAGUAUUUAAAAUAUCUUUCAAUCAUGUGUGCUCAUCAUAUAUAUGAUAAUAGAUCUAUGUCAUAUGAAUAUGAUAGUGUAAUACAGGCCUUAGUUAGAGACUCUGCAAGGUACAUGGUCAAGUGCAGCAAAGCUUUGGAAAUCAUUGUUGGUGAUCAUUUACAGUAUGUGCAGUGCUGGCCACACAAACUCAAUCUUGUUGGUGGGGUGUGGAUCAAAGAACUGUCCGAGCUGAAUCUUACAGUUGUUAAGGUAAAGAACUUUUUUUUGAAUACUAGGAAGAGGCGACACCUGUACGCAAGUUUCCUAGAAGAGAAGUACGGAGAGAAACGACCUUUGUUCCCUAUUCCUGUAAUUACUAGGUGGAACUCUUGGUUCACAUCUGUGUUUUACCUUGCACAUUAUUUGCUUGAUAUUGCUGACUUCUGCCAAAAAGACGAGAUCAAAGCGCUUCAGAAUGCUGGUGUAGAAUACUUCAGUGCCAUCAGCAAACAGCAUCUGGCAGCUGUUCAUGUACAAGCAAUUUUCGUAAAGGAGCAUGCCAAGGAAUUGGUGGAUUUGAUGCUAAAGUUCGAGGGUUCAUCAUAUCCAACUUCACAUUUGCUAGAUGGUGAACUGGAGCAUCUCAAAGAAUGCUACACAGCUGUUUCACAUGGUGUUUACUUUGAUAACACCCAAAGUGCAAGUUGCGACUUGCAUAAAAAUACUACUAUUAAGUAUAAAUUAAUAAGGUAAGUGAGGCAGUAGUUGACCAUGUGUCAGUAAUUGACCAUUUUGGAUAAAAAUCGUUGAAAUAAGGUUUUUUUAGUGUAAAUAUUAAAAAAAAUUGCAGAAAACUACACUCCUGCCAUCUACCUGGAGUAGUAUAAUUGUGCUUGUUACUUGUUUACAUUUGGAAGUAAGAUGGUGGACAUGGUGGACAGUCAAUGUUGGUGUGUGGUUAUGUCAUCCUAUUUUUGAAACUUUGUUAGGGAAUUUGCUAAGGAGACCAUGACAAUAAGGUUUCAUAAAACUGCAAAUGUACCUUUUAAUAACAUUUUUCAUAGUACUCACUUGAAAUAGUAAUGUUUUAUAUUGAUUUUAUGUAGUUUACUCUUUGUUUACUGUUCACCAUAAUAUUGCUAGAGGGUGGUAAAAUAAUGAAACACAAAUAAGAAAAUUUUCAGUAAUUGACCAAGGCGGUCAAUUACUAAGUUAUUCCUUUUUUCGUUUAAAAAUAUCAAUAUUGUCCCAUUUGUUGUUUUGUAUUUUUACACAACAUUUAAUACUGUUAUUAACACAAUGAGUUAGGUUUUCCCAAAGGUCACCAGGUGGUCAACUACCAGAACAUUGGUGUGUCAACUUCUAAAUAAAUGUUUUGUAUAUAUCAUUACAGAUCUAGAAUGUCACCCAUUAAAAGGCAGUUUUCGUCAUUACACAGAAGAGGCGAUGAGGGAAGCCAUAAAUGAUGUAAGAAUUAACAAGACACCUGUCCGCACAGCAGCUAAGAAGUAUGGUGUGCCAAGGAUUACUCUGAAAUAUAAAGUAGAAGGUAAAUCCCCUAUUGGAAGAAAAAUGGGACACAAAACUAUAUUAAGUCAUGAAGAGGAAACCAUUCUAGCUAACUGGGUGCUGAAAAUGGCAGGAGCUGGGUUCCCCAUAACCGUCAAGCAACUGCAAGAUAGUGUUCAGCGUAUUAUGAUUGACCUAAAGAGAGAACCCUUUUCCUGAAAAUAAUCCAGGGAGAACUUGGAUCCAGAGUUUUUUUGCGGAGAAAUAAUAAUAUAUCUCAACGCAUAUGUCAGAACCUAACAGUAUCUUGUGCUUCAGUAACACAGGAAAAUAUUUUAGGCUGGUUUGCAGAAGUGGAGUAGUACUUGAAAAGAAACAAUCUUUUCCAAGUACUACUGGAGCCUUCAAGAAUUUUCAAUUGCGAUGAGAGUGCAUUUUUCCUUAACCCGAAGGUUAAUAAAGUACUUGCACGUAAAGGCGAUAAGACUAUAUAUCAACAAGUUAAUUCUGAUGACAAAGAGUGUCUAUAGUGCUUCUUACAGGCAGUGCCAGCGGUAGAGUUGUAACUCCUUUAGUGGUGUACAAAUAUGAAUGUUUGCCUUCAGAGAUAACACUUAACUUUUCUUCAGACUGGGCGAUUGGGAAAAGUGAUUCAGUUGGAUGCACUCUAAAUUGUUUUACGAAUACCUAGCAAACUUCUUCCACCCUUGGCUGAAAGAAAAUAAUAUAACACUCCCUGCCUAUUAUACUAUAACACUCCCUGUUAUAUUAUUUGUAGAUGGACAUGUUUCACAUUUGAGUUUGCACACGAGUCAGUUUUGCGAUCAAAAUGGAAUUAUUCUAGUGGCUCUGUACGCUAAUGCAACACAUAUUCUUCAGCCCAUGGAUGUGGCUGUUUUCCGUACGCUAAAAGAAAACUGGAAGCAACAUGUUCACAAGUGGUGUGUGAGCCAUUUAGAAGACCCUUUCUUGAAAAAAAAGGAUUUUGCUAAACUACUGAAAGAAGUGGUAGAUAAGAAUGUUACUCAUUCAGUGUUGGCCAAUGCUUUUCGAAAAUGUGGUUUCUUUCCAUGGGAUCCAUCUAUCCCCAGUGUUCCAGGAAAUAAUUGUAUUGUAAGGUAAAGGAGCACAUUGCAGAAUGACAGACUUCAUGGACAUUUGGAAUAUGUCAAGCAGGGAUUCAGAUUUCUAAAUGACAGUAUAGGUAUGGAAAAAAGAGUAUUGUUUGAACAGUCUGCAGAUGACUGGGAAGGAAAUCCUGCUGACCGUUCACUUUUUUUGCUGUGGAAGAAAGCAGAAUUAGAACUUCAGAAGCUUGAGCUUGAUAAUGCAACUGUCUCCAUAUCAAUAGAUGUAUCUACAAGUGUAACACUUGAAGAAUCAUCCCUGUCAGACACACUCAUGACUGGCAGCAACGAUAAUGUCUCUAUUCCAGGGGCCCGUUUCACAAAGCUACAAGUUUGUUUGUAACAAGUAAAUCCUGAAAAACUUGUAAAAAAAAUGUAAACAUGGUGUUUCACUAAACUACAAGUGAACACUUGUGAUUACAAGUGAAUUUGGACAAGUUACAAGAAAAAUACUUGUUGCGGACAACUGUAGUGCUUGUUACCAACAAGAUAAUGGCUCAAACUUGUAGGUUACAAUUGUUGUGAACAAGUCUUUUUUACAAGUCUCAGUAGGUAGGUAGACUGCUCUACAAGUGAGUUUAAAACAUUAAUUUGAAGGGAAAAUGUGGUCUAGUUCUUCUGAAGAUGAAGAGAAUCCACCAAAAAGGAGAAGAAUUUUCAGAGAAAGAAUAAAUGGCAAUUUUCAGUCAGUGUAUGAAUUUAAUGAACGGUUUCGGAUGAAUGCAGUGAAAAUGGAACAGUUGCAUGAGGACAUUGGGCACAUAUUAUUUCACCCCACAAACCGGUCUCAAGCAUUACCUUCAAAAUUACAGUUAUGCAUUGGUUUGCAUUGGCUAGGCAAUGGGGGACAAUACCAUGUCAUAGCAGAUGCACAUGGAGUGAGCAAGGCAAGUGUGUGUAGAUGUGUGAAGAGUGUUGUGAAUUCAGUAAAUGAAGUAAAAUUUUCCACUGUCAUAAAGUGGCCUGAGAAUGUUCUCAACGUCUCUGCAAAAUUCUUUGCUGUGGCACAUUUCCCACAAGUAAUAGGAUGUGUUGAUGGCACACUAAUUAAAAUAGAUGCUCCACCUGCCUAUGAGUCUGCUUUUGUCGAUAGAAAUGGUAAUCACUCCAUAAAUUGCAUGAUAGUUUGUGGUCCAAAUAUGGAAAUCUACUUUGUGAGUGCCAAAUGGCCUGGCAGCGUCCAUGAUGCGAGAGUAUUAAGGAACAGUAGCCUGUUCCGAACAAUGGAAGGGGGCUGGCGUCCAAUCCCAAAUGCCAUCAUCCUUGGUGACUCUGGUUACCCUUUGCUGCAAUGGCUUAUCACGCCAACCAUAAACUGUGUGCAUGCUGGAAGCUUGGCAUUUAACAGAGCACAUAAAAAAACAAGACGCAUUGUUGAGAAUGCAUUUGGAAUUCUCAAAGAGAAGUUCCCUUGUCUCAAUUAUCUUCGACUGUCACCAAUUUAUGCUGCUAAUGUAUUUAAGUGUUGUGCAACACUUUGCAACAUUUCACGUGAGGGGGAGUACAUUGACCUACCAGCAGUCAAUCAUGAAGAACCUAUGGAAAAUGAAAUUGUUGAAGAGGUUAACCAUGCACCUCCAGCAAGACAAAGAUUGUAGGAACUACUGAAUUACUUCAACCACUAACAUUUUGCAUGAACAUUAAUAGAGCUACUGUGGCAGAAAAUGAAAAACAUUGACACA